AUGUGUGUGAAGGGAUGUUUCUGCAAGAAGGGCUUCCUGGCCAAUGAAGUCGGAGGCUGCUGCGUCAAACCAGAGGAGUGCGGAGACUGCACAGGGAACAGAACCUACACCGACUGUGGGAGCGCCUGUCCCCCGACAUGCAGCAAUUGGAGAGAAGAACGGAUGUGCAUCGAUGUAUGUGUCGUCGGCUGUUUCUGUAAGUCCGGAUAUGUGGCCCUGGAUGACGGAGGCAAAUCCCGCUGCGUCCUACCCAAGGAUUGCCCCAAACUAAAAAAAACCAUAAAAGGCAAACCUUAUGCAGAAGAUUAUAGGAUGACAAUAUAA